UAUUGCACAAUUAUGCAAUACAACAGCAACAUUGCACACUUGCACUCGCUGUGCUUUCCCAUGACACAACUCUAUACCUGUCCAGAAGAAGAAAGAUCUAUGAACUAACAUUCCCACGCUCGCUUCGCCAUAUUUGCCAGCCUUUUUAACCUCACUUCUUCGCUUGUUUACUCCUUUUGUUUCUUUUUUCCUUGUUUGGGAAUUAGGGUUUUCUUCGUUGAAAAAGGGAAGAACUACUUGGUUUAAGUGGCUACCUAGGUUUAAUCUAUAUACAUAUAUAUAAAUAAUACUUUAAAGAAACUAAGAUGGGAAGGGGUAGGGUACAGCUGAAGAGGAUAGAGAACAAGAUCAAUCGCCAGGUAACUUUUUCCAAAAGGAGAGGUGGGUUGCUCAAGAAAGCUCAUGAGAUCUCUGUACUCUGUGAUGCUGAGGUUGCUUUGAUUAUCUUCUCCCACAAAGGAAAGCUCUUUGAAUAUGCAACUGAUUCAUGUAUGGAGAAGAUACUGGAACGCCAUGAAAGGUAUGCCUAUGCAGAGAGGCAGCUAGUAGCAAAUGAUUCUGAGACUCAGGGAAACUGGACCAUUGAAUAUACUCGACUCAAGGCUAAGAUUGACCUUUUGCAAAGAAACCACAGGCACUACAUGGGAGAAGAUUUGGUUUCAAUGAGCCUCAAAGAGCUUCAGAGUCUGGAGCAGCAGUUAGAUACUGCACUGAAAAACAUCCGCACAAGGAAGAACGAUCUCAUGUACGAGUCCAUUUCUGAGCUUCAGAAAAAGGAGAAAAAGAUACAAGAGCAGAAUAACAUCCUCGCAAAGAAGAUCAAGGAGAAGGAGCAAGCUGUAGCACAGCAGGCUGCACAAUGGGAGCAGCCAAAUUACAGGGUUGACACAUCUUGCUUACCACAGCAACAACCCCCUCCCAGUUUGAACAUAGGUGGCAAUAGUUACCAUCAGGAGGCACCAGAACUAGGAAGGAACGGUCUUGACCUGACCCUGGAACCACUGUACUCAUGCCACCUUGGAUGCUUCUGAAAACUUGUUUCCUCUUGAGGUGGAUACUACUAUGUAGUUACUGGGAUAUAUGAACAAUUAAAAGUAGUCUGUUUGAAUGCUUUUAUAUAUGUGUUUGGGUCUAUAGUUCUACUUUGAAGACAUUGAUGUGAAUUGCUUUUGUUGUAAACAUACUGAAUUUUAAAUCUAAUUGUCUUAUGGAACAUCUUAUUAUGUUU